AUGCUUCGUCAUCCAUCGUGGGGAACUGGGCAAGCUUCAUCUGGCCUGAAUGCCGACCAGAACGGCUUGGGCUUCUAUGCUAUCUACUCGACGCAGGUUGUCUUCAUGAUGUCGGCAAGUUCAGAUGCCUGCGAAGAGAUAUCCAUCUCUGCCGCUCAGCAGGAGCACCUCGACUUUGCCGAUGCGAUGGAGAUCCGAAGCGGAGAAACAGAGAGCCGUCCUAAUAGCCACCCGCGCUCGGUUCGGAUCAAGAACCUGAUUUCCAAUGCCGUCCUAGAGUGCAUAAACGUUGACCGAGCCGGGGCGAUGCGCAUGCUAGAGGCGUACAGCAGAAAAUGGUUGCGCGUCAUGGAAACGUACAAGACGGACAAAAUUGACGACAUCGACAUGUAUUUUGAGGCCAGAGCCAACAACGGGGGCAUGGGCGCGUACUAUGCCAUGCUCGAGUUCUCGCUCGGAAUCACAAUAACCGACGGCGAGUAUGAUAUCUUGAGUGAGGCCAUACGGCACGUCGAGCGCUGCAUGCUCCUGACCAACGAUUACUGGAGUUGGGCAAGGGAGCGAGAGCAAGCUAAGCGUCAAGAAGUGGGAAAAGUCUUCAACAUUGUAUAUUUUCUCAUGCAAAACAACAAGUCCCGGUCGGAGGUCGAUGCUGUCGCCGAGGUCCGCAAGAUGGUCCUCGAAGAGGAACAGAAAUGGGUGAACACCAAGACAAAGCUGUACCAACGGAUUCCCAACCUCGGCCGGCAUCUUAUCAAGUUUCUCGAGAGUCUGAAUACAGCAUUGGCCGGCAACGACUAUUGGAGCUCCCAGUGUUACCGACACAAUGACUGGGAGCACGUCCCGGAACUCCCGGGAGAGGGUGCACCGACCGUGGGAGAGCUUGUUGACAUGGGGAGAAUAUUGCUGCAGGAUAGCGACCCGGAUAGUGACGACUUUGGUAAUUCUGGUAGUGCCGUUGCAGCUGCAGACCCGUGUAAACCCUUGUCACUUCUGACUCCCCCAUCGUCGUCAUCGAGUCCAGUCACCGACCCACAUCCAUCACUUCCGCGCACGAGUCGUUUUACUGAAUCCCCCGUCACCGAGCCAAUCGACUACAUCAGGUCCCUGCCCAGCAAGAAAGUCCGUGCGCACCUCAUCGACAGCUUGAACCUCUGGCUUUCGGUGCCUCCUUUCGCCCUGUCGCUCAUCAAGAAGGUCAUAGACUGCCUGCACGACUCCUCCCUCAUUCUGGACGACAUUGAGGAUGGAUCUGACCUGCGCCGUGGGUUCCCUGCUAGCCAUGUUGUCUUUGGAACAGGACAGGCCGUCAACUCCGCUACUUUUCUCUACCUCGAGGCUGUCCAGGCCGUCCACGACUUUGUCAAGGAGGGCGGUGGUGGGCUGGAGUUGAUGGAUGUUUUGCUGGCGUCCUUGAAGCAGCUGUUUCACGGCCAAAGCUGGGACUUGUACUGGACGCACCAUCGAAUUUGCCCAACAGAAGAGCAGUACCUCUGCAUGGUUGACCAGAAGACUGGCGCCAUGAUGCGACUCUUGACCGCUUUGAUGCAAACUACAGCAACAUCAUCGAAUCCGCGGUAUGAUGCGUUGGAGCCCAUUAGCUUUGAGGGAAACCAUAGACCAGGGACGACACUGAGCAAGUUCAUACAGCUCUUCGGCCGCUUCUUCCAAGUGCGCGACGACUAUCUCAAUAUAUCUUCUUGCGAGUCUUCGUACGCAGAGAAAAAGGGGUUCGCCGAGGACUUGGAUGAGCAAAAGUUUAGCUACAUCCUAAUCCACAUGUACACGCUUCAUCCCCAGGCGAGAGAUAAGGUCGAGGGAGUGUUCAGGGCGACGCGCCAAGGGGGCAAAGAGAGGUAUGAUGGGAUACAAUGGAAAAGAUACAUCCUAGGACUGCUGCAAGAGACUGGCGCUAUGGAGGCGACGAGGCGGGUACUGAGAGAGUGGCACGAAGAGAUGAUAGCUCAGAUCGGGAGACUGGAGAGGGAAUUUAGAGCCAGAAAUGACAUUCUGAGGCUCUUGCUUGAAAGUCUGAGGAUCUAAAGUCCCCCGACCUGACCUCUGGCUAGAUGGGUGCUGCGCUUUAUAUUUACUCUGCUAUAUUUAUAAGCUACUCUCUUGUUGU